UUGUUCAGUAGCGUUGUGCGCAUUCGGCCGCGCAGUCACCGAGAGUCUCUGUGAUGAUGCUCGUCUCAAACAGCGUAUCCCCCCGGUGAUCUACUCAAUCUCUGUCCUCCCAUUGGCUGUAUCAGGUGUCAAUCAAAGAAAACAUGAACCCCCUAAUAACUUUUAAAAAUGGAGCUGUACAGAAAAAAGAGGACUUGAGCACAAACCAGUCUGACAGUAACUACAUGUCAACAUCACAACCAGGGGGGAGAAACAUUUAUAUUCUGUGUCAUUCAUUUAUAAAGUUUGUCCACAGCUCCAUAAGGAGGCGGGGUUUAGGACCUAUACUGCAGCCCGUCACCAGAGGGCGCUGUUCUCACAGAGAGGAGGCAGACGGCGUCUAUUUUAAAUACAGUCUAUGAGGAAACGUCUCUGAAGUGUGAGGAGGUUCGAGCGAGGUUCAGACAUGUGGGUCCUAGAACCCUGGGUCCUAAAACGCUGGUUCCUGGACCGCCCGGUUCCAGGAUGUUGGGGUGUUGGGUUCUUUGAAGUUCCUUAAAGAGACAGGAGCCGAAUUUAAGAGUUCAGGGAUCAGGGAGUUCUGAUGCUGAGGUUCUAAUGUAAUUGAUAAUAAUUAUAAUUAAAAUAAAAUAAUUAUAAAGUAAUAAUAACAAUAAUAUUAUUAAUAAUAAUCACUUUAUUGGUUUAUCACUUUUAGAAACAGAAGUUUACAAAGUGCUUUGACAAAUAAUCAUAGAGCAAAUAAAAGACGAAUAAAAACAUCAAACUAAUUUAAAACAUAAUUAAAGGUCAUUUUCAUUAUUUAUAAGGAAUCAGACGAAACAAGAACCCUGAGACAAAAUAAGAGCAUGAGGACCGAAGUAAAAACAAAAUAAUCAGAAAAAAGAAAAGACAAUAAAAGGGAAAAACAGAAAGAUUAUAGUAAAAAUAAAAGACAAUAUUAACAACCAUAAAAAAAUAUUAACAAGUAAUAAUGAUAAUAACAGGUAAUUAUGAUAAUAAGAGGUAAUUAUGAUAAUAAGAGGUAAUUAUGAUAAUAACAGGUAAUAAUGAUAAUAAGAGGUAAUUAUGAUAAUAACAGGUAAUAAUGAUAAUAACAGGUAAUAUUCAUAAUAACAGGUAAUUAUGAUAAUAACAGAUAAUAAUGAUAAUAAGAGGUAAUUAUGAUAAUAACAGAUAAUAAUGAUAAUAACAGGUAAUUAUGAUAAUAAGAGGUAAUAAUAAUAAUAAGAGGUAAUUAUGAUAAUAACAGGUAAUUAUGAUAAUAAGAGGUAAUUAUGAUAAUAACAGGUAAUAAUGAUAAUAAGAGGUAAUAAUGAUAAUAACAGGUAAUUAUGAUAAUAACAGGUAAUAAUGAUAAUAAGAGGUAAUAAUGAUAAUAACAGGUAAUUAUGAUAAUAACAGGUAAUAAUGAUAAUAAGAGGUAAUAAUGAUAAUAAGAGGUAAUUAUGAUAAUAACAGAUAAUAAUGAUAAUAACAGAUAAUAAUGAUAAUAACAGGUAAUUAUGAUAAUAACAGGUAAUAAUGAUAAUAACAGGUAAUAUUCAUAAUAACAGGUAAUUAUGAUAAUAACAGGUAAUUAUGAUAAUAAGAGGUAAUUAUGAUAAUAACAGGUAAUUAUGAUAAUAACAGGUAAUAAUGAUAAUAAGAGGUAAUAAUGAUAAUAAGAGGUAAUUAUGAUAAUAACAGAUAAUAAUGAUAAUAACAGAUAAUAAUGAUAAUAACAGGUAAUUAUGAUAAUAACAGGUAAUAAUGAUAAUAAGAGGUAAUAAUGAUAAUAAGAGGUAAUUAUGAUAAUAACAGAUAAUAAUGAUAAUAACAGGUAAUUAUGAUAAUAAGAGGUAAUUAUGAUAAUAAGAGGUAAUUAUGAUAAUAACAGGUAAUAAUGAUAAUAACAGGUAAUUAUGAUAAUAACAGAUAAUAAUAAAAAUAACAGUAAUGUUAAAAUAAUUAAAGGUUGAUAAGGAAAAGAAUAAAACAGACAGUUAAGCUGAAAUCAGGCAGAACUAAAACAGAUCCUGGUCUUUCUUCUUCUUCAUCUGAUGUUUGAAACUCAAAAGUCAAGAAGGUCUCAGUCCAACUGGUGGACUCAGGUUCACAUCAAGUCCUCCACAGACCAGCAGCAGACCUGGUUCCUGCAGCUCCUCUCAGACCUUCAGGUGUUUUUGGAGUUCCUGCUCCUCUGACUGUGUGUGAGGUGAAAGAUCUGCGGGAGGUUCCUCCUCCGAUGAAAACAUCUGUUCAGCUCAGAGAGCAGCAGGUCCAGGAUCACCGAGUCAACAAGUCCUCCACCUGCUGCUCCUCAGAACUCCUCAGGAGACCUCCUCCUCAUCAUCCCGCUGUGUGUCAAAGACUGAACCACCAUCUGUGUAUCAACCUGUGUGUGUGUGUGUGUGUGUCUGUGUGUGUGUGUGUGUGUCUGUAGGGAGCACGAUAAAGACCCUGAGCUCUUCUUCUCCACUCUGAUCAAACUGAAGGAGAAAAAACUUCAAUUCCACGUGUCGGUGCUGGGAGAGACGUUCACCGAUGUACCAGGUACACACAGACACAUACACACACACACAGACAGACACACACAGACACACACAGACACUCACAGACACACACAGACACACACAGACAGACACUCACAGACACACACAGACACACAGACACAGACAGACACACAGGCACAGACACAGACACAAAUACACACACAGAGACACUCACACACACAGACACAGACACACACACACAAAUACACACACAGACACACACACACAGAGACACACAGACACAGACACACACACACAAAUACACACCUAGACACACACAGACACACACAGACAGACACUCACAGACACACACAGACACACAGACACAGACAGACACACAGGCACAGGCACAGACACAAAUACACACACAGAGACACACACACACAAAUACACACACAGACACACACAGACACACACACACACACACACACACACACACACACACACACAGAGACACACAGACACACACACAGACACACACACAGACCUGUGUGUAGAAACACUCAGACUCACUCGUUCAUCAUCUCUGUGAAAAAAACUCACAAACGUCUAAAGACCCGCCCCCAGAGUGAGUCUGAGAGAGCGCAUAAAAAAACGUGUGUCUGUGUGUGUCUGUGUGUGUGUGUGUGUGUGUGUGUGUGUGUGUGUGUGUCUGUGUGUGUCUCUGUGUGUGUGUGUCUGUGUGUGUCUGUGUGUGUGUGUGUUUGUUGGGGGGGGGCAAACAUAGAUCGUGAAAUUACAAAAUAUUCAGAAGAGAAUUACGAUUUUGCGAAGAAGAAGACGUGUCCUGGGGAAAGCCCCGCCUCCUUCGCCUCUGAUUGGCUAGAAAAGCUGGAAAGGUCAUCACACACUCAAGGUCAGCACUUGUAGCCAAUCAGAGGUGAAGGAGGGCGGGACCUAAGUGUUGAGAUGUCUGUCUGUCAUGAUAGCAUGUACUGAGUCGGGGUUAGUACCAGAUAAACACAUGUAACCAUGGUAACAACCGUUAGCUUACGUUAGCACAGAUGAAGGUUCAAACAAAGACGUUUAUCAAACUGUUAAAGCUCACAAACCAUCGUCUCCACAAGUCGUCCUUCAGGUCGUUCUCUUUGUAAUGUUUGUGUCUUUAUCAAAAAUCACUCUGUUCUCCGACACGGAAACAAUCAGACGGUCGGCCAUGUUGGAUAUACCGCUGAAUCUGAUUGGUCAGAAGUGGACACACAGUCUGAGAAACUUUAGAAAAAUCGACCGUGAUCCGAAAUAUCGCAGGACGGGAAAACGUUGCUGAUGUGACGAUUGUACUGACAGGAUAAAAAAUACUGACGUCUGAAAUAAACGAAGAUAAAAAAAAGGUGUGAAAGGAGCUUAGAACAGACUCUGACUUUAACCCUAACAGAUGAAUUGAUCAGCUGAUCAGUCCUCCUGUCUGUUUGUUCGGCCUCGUUUUACUCUGAUGAAGUUGAACUUUGACCUCUGCAGACUCUCAUGUGAAGGUCAAAUGUCAGUUUGAGGAUAUAAAGAUUUUUUAUCAUCGACAGAAAAUAUCAUCAGCUAAUGAGGCGUUAAUGACUGUGUGUGUGUGUGUGUGUGUGUGUAUCUGUGUGUGUGUGUGUGUGUGUGUGUGUGUAUCUGUGUGUGUGUGUGUGUUUCUCUGGUAAAUACACUCUGAAAUAUUAAAAUCUAAAGUUUUAUGGCGACACAAACAGCUGACUGUAAAUCCAGCCUCAUAUUGGCUGAUUAGUCUCUCUAAGGCAAUCCCAUUAGGACAAAUUUAAUCACUUUGAUUUUCUUAAUAGAGUCUGAGAACAGGUGACCUUUGACCUCACCUGUUCAUCAACGUCCAUAAACAUCAGCCUCAAACACACACACACACACACACACACACACACACACACACACACACACACACACAUGCACAGAAGGAUUCAAACUCUCCAUAAUAAUAAUAAUAAUAAUAAUAAUAACUGUAACGACGUCGCCCUGAUCUCUGGGGUCAUAAAAACACUUAAAGGUGUUGUAGUCAGGAUCUGAGGAAGUUCCAGUUUUUAGGAGAAAUCUUGAAUGUAAACUCUACCCCUCACAAACAGUUUUCCCCUCAGCUCCUCCCCUCCCUCUCUUAAGCCCCGCCCACAAACAGACGCUCCUGCUCGCUCGUAUCGUUCCAGUUAAAUUCAGAUAUAAUGCAGAUAAAUACUUCAGAUCAUUACAAAUGGGGCCCAGUCAAGGUGAAAGUCAAAAGCAUUGGUGCUACUGUAGAUGCCAACAGACUAGCAGCAAACACAAUGUUUGCAGGACUUCUACAACUAGGAUAAAGUGACAUAGUCCAGGACCCGAGGGAGGACAGUUUAGCGAUGGCGCUACAACACGCUACAGCAGGUCCGUUUGACAAGAAACACUUCUGUUACAGACACUUGUCUUACUUUGUUAAAGCGGUUUACCUGUCCAGCAGAAAGGUUACAGGGUCACCAAGAUCCCCAAGCGUCCCCCAUCGUUUAUGUUGACCCGGCUGUUUAGCUCUUGUCCGGUCUACCUCCGUUUUAAGCGCCCGUUAUUCCUCCAGAGUCUCCGGUAUUUACUUUGUUUUCUUGCUUGUGUCGGCAGUCGUGGCCAAAGGAGGAUUCAGACAAUUUUCCGAACUUUCUGGUUGGUUCCUACUGUCCGAUAUUGUAGCACGCUAACUUUGUUUGGGCUCCUGAACGACACGGGGGAGCAGCGUCUGCCUCACAACCAAUCAGGUUAGAGGAGGUGGAGAACGGCUUUGUUUACAGUCAGAAAGAGCGGACCGCUCAAAAAUGUUCAAAUGUUGACGACACAGACGAGAAACUUCACUGCCUCCCCCCCUCACACCUCUGUCUCCCCCCCCAUAGAGAUCUUCGCCGAGGCGCGGCGUCAGCUGGACUCUCACGUCGCUCACUGGGGUUUCCUUCCAGCUAAAGACGACUUCCUGAAGGUUCUGUGUGCGGCCGACGUGGUCGUCUCCACCGCCAAACACGAGUUCUUCGGAGUCGCCAUGUGAGUUCACCUCUGACAACUUCCUGUUACUGUUACUUCAAAUACACCUGGUUCAGGUCAACAAAAUAAAAGCCUGGUUCAGGUUAACAAAAUAAAAGCCUGGUUCAGGUCAACAAAAUAAAAGCCUGGUUCAGGUCAACAAAAUAAAAGCCUGUCUGUAUGAUGGUGUUCUUGGUUUUACUGAAACUUAAUUUGAAAAGCUCGUUUCCUCUGUAGCUCAGAGUGUUGGUAUCAGCUAAGGGCUUCAUCAUCACCAUCAUCAUCAUCAUCAUCACAGCUGAAGUUAAUCUGAUUAAUUAUGAAGAUCAUCAGGCGCCUGCGGUCACCAUGGAAUCAUCUUCUAUCCCAUAAUAAUAAACAUAUCUGCAUUUCAGCCUCAUGAGAUUUUUCAGACGAGAUUCUGGAGCUCAGAGAGAAAAACACAUUUAAAAAAACUGCAAACUGAACCUUUAAUUACUACAGAACCUUUAAUUACUACAGAACCUUUAAUUACCACAGAACCUUUAAUUAUCACAGAACCUUUAAUUACCACAUAUCUUACUUUUAAAUUUCACAGCCUCUCCCUUUAAAAACUUUAUCUGAACCCUAUUAUAUGUUAAUUUAUAUUUAUGAUUUUAUACGUAUAUAUGAAUGUGUGUAUUUAAAUACAUGUAUAUGUGUGUGUGUGUGUGUGUGUGUGUAUGUGUGUGUGUGUGUGUGUGUGUGUGUGUGUGUGUAUGUGUGUGUGUGUGUGUGUGUGUGUGUGUGUGUCUCCUCGCUCCUUCUGUCUCUUUCUCUCUCGCUCUUUUUCAUCAUCAGUUCAUUCCUUUGGUGUUAAAAUUUCUUCCAUUCAUCAGGAAACAAUCAUUUAAACAUUCAGUCUGUUUAAUGAAAUAAACGUUUAAUUAAUACCUGAUCUAUUCGCUUUGGUUCUUAGUCUCUCUGUCCGUCCAGGCUGGGUUAGAAAGCAGAGUCUAGUUCAUUUAGACGCAGUCAUGGGUUUGUGUUCGACUCGCCGUUUCCAGAAUUAGAUUCUGUUUAAACACACGGCGUUUCCUGAAAGGUCAUGACCUUUGGUUUGUUGCAGGUUAGAGGCGGUCCACUGUGGCUGUUACCCUCUGUGUCCGAAGGCUCUGGUAUAUCCCGAAAUCUUCCCAGGUAGGAAAAACCAGAUUUUCAUUGGCUCCUGUUGAAGUCAUGUGACCUGUUUUUCUUCUUCUUCUUCUGUGCUCUGAAAGCAGCAGAGUACCUGUACUCCACACCUGAGCAGCUCUGUCAACAACUGCAACGACUCUGCAGGAGGCCUGAUAUCGCCCGCAAACAUGUCGUCAAGGUAACUAAACAACUUCACAAACAUGUCGUCAAGGUAACUAAACAACUUCGCAAACUUGUCGUCAAGGUAACUAAACAACUUCGCAAACUUGUCGUCAAGGUAACUAAACAACCCUGGUGAUACAAACACACACUUGAUAAGGAUGUCAUUACAAAAGGCUACAAAUAGGCAACAGCAUGUUGAUGAUGAUGAUGAUGAUGAAAAUGAUGAUGAAGAUGAUGAUGAAGAUAAUGAUGUUUUCAUCAUGAUGAUGAUGUUAAUAAUGAUGAUGAUGAUGAUGAUGAUGAUGAUGAUGAAGAAGAUGAUGAUGAUGUUAAUAAUGAUGAUGAUGAUGAUGAAGAUGAUGAUGAAGAUGUUGAUAAUGAUGAUGAUGAUGAUGAUGAUGAUGCAGAUGUUAAUAAUGAUGAUGAUGAUGAUGAUGAUGAUGAUGUUAAUAAUGAUGAUGAUGAUAAUGAAGAUGAUGAUGAUGAAGAUGAUGAUGAUGAUGAUGAUGAAGAUGAUGAUGAUGUUAAUAAUGAUGAUGAUGAUGAUGAUGAUGAUGAAGAUGAUGAUGAAGAUGUUGAUGAUGAUGAUGAUGAUGAUGCAGAUGUUAAUAAUGAUGAUGAAGAUGAUGAUGCAGAUGUUAAUAAUGAUGAUGAUGAUGAUGAUAUUAAUGAUGAUGAUGAUGAUGAUAAUGAAGAUGAUGAUGAGGAUGAUGAUGAUGAUGAUGAUGAUGAUGAUGAUGAUGAGGAUGUUGAUGAUGAUGAUGAUGAUGAUGAUGACGAUGAUGAUGAUGAAGAUGAUGAUGAUGUUAAUAAUGAUGAUGAUGAAGAUGAUGAUGAAGAUGUUGAUAAUGAUGAUGAUGAUGAUGAUCAUGUUUUGAUGAUGAUGAUGAUGAUGAUGAUGAUGAAGAUGAUGAGGAUGUUGAUGAUGAUGAUGAUGCAGAUGUUAAUAAUGAUGAUGAAGAUGAUGAUGAUGAGGAUGUUUGGUGUCGUUGAAGCUCCUGAUGUUCCCUCUCAUCUCGUCUUCGUCUCCAGGUGGACCCUUCCUCCUUCUCCUGGUCGACUCUGAAGGAUCGUUUUCAUGCUCUGCUGGCUCCUCAUGACUCCUGA